GGUGCUAGUUGGGACAUUCGUGUUUACGUCACUAGUCGUGGCCAUAGUUAUACCUUUGGCAAAUCCAAUUGUCACCAUAGUUUUUGAGCGCCAGGCCUUUGAUACACAAGCUUGUGAACUCGUUUCGACACUAUUUUCACUUUACAUGGCCGGUGGUGUGUUCUCUAUUGUCAGAGACCUCAUCCUUCGGGUAUUUUAUGUGAUAGGAGACGGUGAUCGGCCACUUCGCAUAUCAUUUCUUGCAGUCUCUGUCAAUCUUUUCCUUGACUGGUUUUUUACAUUUUUUUUAUCAUGUGGUGCUCAAGGUAUGACGAUUUUUUUUUUCUUUCUGCUCUCACCAGUUUUAGUUUUACUUCAUCUUACGGAUCCCUUCCUAGGCAUUGUUAUAUCCACCGUAAUUACAACCUGCCUUACGUCAUUGAUUCUAGCUCGCGAACUAAUAAAAAAGAUAGGAGUGAUAAAAAUUGAUGGACUUUUCAUCAGUACUGUCAAAGUACUUUUUGCUUCUGUGCUUUGCUCGGGUACAACGGGAUAUGUUCACUUCAUACUAGACCAGCAAUUUGCACCGGGAUUAAUUUCUUCAAAUACACAUCUUGGAAAUGCAGUGUUGCUGUGCAUCUCGGCGAUAUGUGGAACACUGUUGUACUUUUUUGCUCUGGUUCUUUCUGGUUUUGAUCCCUUACCAGGUUUUCGACAAUGAUUCGUGCAGUGAAAUAUUCGAUCUAGUCUAUCCAUUUUUAUUUUUACAUUCAACAAGUUUUUGAAGUCAUCUCACACGCAUGCCUUCGUAUGUGAAGGUGCACCCCAUUUAAGUGAGUGUUCUCGUGGUCUACUUUGAUAUCUCGCUUGCGAACAGAUACGAACGGGAAGUUAUUUAGGAAACCGUACGCAUUACAGGGGGCUGGGCACGGCUAGCUAGAUACUUCCAAUAAUUAUAUGUGAACCUUUUUGUGAUUAUCAAGCAUCCACGCCUGUGCCUAUGUC